AUGAGUGCGCUUCUGGAUCGGGGACUACGAUGGCAGCUGGGCGGCCGCCUGAGCCAAGCUAAUCCCCAAGUCUCCCGCGAAUACGAAAGUGUACCGGUACCCGAAGGAGAGGAUGACCCGGAGUUCUGGCGGCUGUCCGGCCAGAACGGCAUCUCCCGGCUCCUGUCGGCCCCCGUGGUCGACGCGCCCGCCAAGAAUGUGAUCGUGUUCACAUACGCGGUGGACCGGCAGGUGACGGACAGCGCAGCGUCUGCGACGGCGCUUUUCUGCGGCGCCAAGACCAAGAUGGCCAUGCUUGCCCUGUCAGCAAAGGCUAAUACAUCUGAGUGCGACUCCGCUGCUGGCAACGAACUGCACUCUUUCAUAAAAAAGGCCCAGGAUAGAGGCAUGUCGACGGGUCUUGUGACAACCACGCGGGUGACACACGCUACACCUGCUGCCCUGUACGCCCACUCGGCGCACCGUGACUGGGAGAUGGACACCAAAAUGCCCAAGCGCACUCGUUGCAAGGACAUCGCCCGGCAGCUCGUAGAGGAUGAACCUGGAAGGAACAUGAACGUUAUCCUGGGCGGAGGUCUAGCGUACUUCAAAGACAAGCAACGAGGCGGAGGCAAGCGCAGCGAUGGCCUUGACCUGGUUGACCUCUGGAAAAAGGACAAGAAGAAUCGGAAGUUCGUUGGAUCUCGCGAGGAGCUGCUGGCCAUCGACACCAACAAAACUGAUUACCUACUCGGUCUUUUUUCGGGCGACCACAUGUCGUACGAAGAUUACCGCCAGGACAAGCAGCCGUCUCUGCUCGACAUGGUGGUCACGGCCAUUGAAAUACUGCAAAAGCGUGGAAAUUGCUUCGCGCUCAAAUUGAAGCCUGCCCGGAAGCCACCAUACCGGAAGCUAGCAGCUUUUGAUGAGUCAACCUUGAACCUUGAUGUGAUGGAUGCCAGUUGUGCCGUGAUGUGUCAAUGCCUCCUUGAAGGAAGAGGACACAGCGGUCGCAUCGACCACGGACAUCACGAGAAUCGGGCUGCGCUGGCGCUGCGCGAGACAUCGGAGUUCAGCGAUGCGGUGGCCGCGGCCCUGGAGCUGGUUGACGUGCGCGAAACCCUGGUGCUGGUCACCGCUGACCACUCGCACUCGUUCACCAUGAACGGCUACCCUGCAAGGGGAAACCAUAUCCUGGGAUUUGCCGGAAUCUCCGAGAAGGACGGUCUUCCUUACACCACACUCUCUUACGCCAACGGGCCCUCGACGACCAAGAGGAAGGCCGACGUGAACACGGGCUACCCUGCAAGGGGAAACCCUAUCCUGGGAUUUGCCGGAAUCUCCGAGAAGGACGGUCUUCCUUACACCACACUCUCUUACGCCAACGGGCCCUCGACGACCAAGAGGAAGGCCGACGUGAACACGGAGGCCGUGGACUACCAGCAGGUGAGCGCCGUCCCAUUGCGGCUAGAGACGCACGCUGGUGAAGACGUGGCGCUGUACGCCAUUGGCCCAAUGGCGCACAUGGUGCACGGAGUCUUGGAGCAGCACAUCGUUGCCCAUUUGGUCGACUACGCCGCGUGUCUCGGCGACGGCGCCCGGCUGAGAUCACGGUGUCAGGAGCAGAGAGCUUCUGCGGCUCCGACGGUGGCCGAUUCCUCGUUAGCGCGCAUCGUCAGCGUGCUUGUGUCACUUGCGGCGUCCUUGGUCAUGCUGCGGUAG